AUGGACACUUUCCGGAGAAUCAUCCCCUCGCAAUGGCUCGCCCCACUGAACCCACCUCCAUUCCGCUUACUUGACUUACCCACCGAGCUAAGGUACAUGGUGUAUGCUGAAGUCAUCAAAUCUCAAGCAACGCUCCGAAAAGGCUACACUCGCCCACGCAGCAUUGAUGACUCGUCCGCAGUUCCGGACGCCACGACACCCUGCUAUAUCAUCGACCGUAGCGCUCUAUCGCUAGUCAACCGAAAAAUUCGGGGCGAGUUUCUCCAUGCUCUCCAAUUCACUCUACCCGAAGAGAUCCGCGUUGACAUUCGAGAUGCCGAAUUCUCACCUCUCAAGCAAUUCGAUAUCCGCGCCAGAUACUGGCGGAAGUAUCUCGAAAACGGAACGCGUAUCAAGGCAGUCCUACAUUACGAUCCAAACGCGAUCAGCAUAGCAUUCUUUUGGGGAUYUGAAGGAGCGGAAUUCAUCACACGAUAUCACAGGCUGACUGACAGAAUAAAAAUUUCCUACGAAGUCGCCGUCCGCAAGCCGACCUUCUUCCAGCACAUGGUUGGAAUUUCUCAGGCAAUUCAGGACCUCCGGAGACUUUGUGGCAAAAUUUUCGGCCUCUCACAACCUGCUCGUGGAGAUGUCGUCUUUUCGUUUAUGGAGCUCUCGAUGUGCCUCCGGGAUUUCCGCCAAGGAUACAAUUGGAAUGCUCGAGCUCACACACCCGAUAUGCGCGGAGAGAUGUACGCGCUUGUUGAAGCCGCCAUAGAGAAAGCCGACAGGAGGAGAGUCAUUUCAGCAAUAAUCGAAGUCUUGGUUUCGAUCACUUUAGUGCAGCUAUUUUGCAUACUUUUGGAUGGGAUUUUUCUGUUAUCUUUCAAGUAA